UGGGAUUAAUGUUAAUCUGACAUGUAGACAGGGAGACACUCUUCUUUAGACCAUCAGGCUCUCAAGCCAAAUAGCCAAGAAUCAAUUUCCUCCAGCUUUUUGGCCCAUUCCCUCCGUCGGAAAGACAUGGCAGAAUCACUCCUUUCCGGCAUCGCGGAGGGGGUGCUUGGGAAGAUAGCCUCCCGCGCCCUCCAAGAAGCCGUCGCGAUUUAUGGUGUUGAGAACCAGAUUAGCGAGCUCAGAGAGACGCUGACUGCCAUCAAGGCAGUGUUGCUGGAUGCGGAGGAGCAGCAGGCAAAGAACCACCGCUUGCAAGUGUGGUUAGAUCGGCUUCGAGAUGUGUUAUACGAUGCGGAGGACGUGCUAGAUCAAGUCGAGUGCGAAGCCUUAAGGAAGCAGGUGAUAAGUCGCUACGGGGGCACCAAAGAGAAGGUAUGCCGCUUCUUUACCCUCUCUAAUCCACUAAUCCUCCGUGCAAAACUCAGUGAUAAGGUCAAGGAGAUACGUGAGAGAUUGUCCAGAAUUUCCACUGAGAAAGAUCAAUUUGAUCUUAAUGUACAAAGUGCUGGCAAUGAUGUGGCACAUACCCGAUCAAGAGAGAUGACUUACUCAUUCGUAAACAAGUCGGAUGUCGUUGGAAGAAAUAUUGAUAAAAAAAAGAUAAUCAAGAUGUUGCGGCAAGUAGAUGACAAAAACCUCUCAGUGAUUCCUAUUGUUGGAUUAGGAGGUUUGGGCAAGACGACUCUGGCUAAAUUAGUGUACAAUGACGAUAGUGUGAAGGAGCAAUUUGAGAUACGAAUAUGGGUGUGUGUACCUGAGGACUUCGAUUUAAGGACAAUUGUUGAGGAAAUCAUUAAAGAUUCAACUCAUCAAAGUUUGAGUAACUUUGGUAUUCAGCAGUUGCAAACUCUUGGUAUUCAGCAGUUGCAGACUCAUUUGCAAAACACCAUCAAAGACAAGAAAUAUCUACUUGUCUUGGAUGACGUAUGGAGCAACGAUCGCUGUAAAUGGAAAGAAUUGAGGGAUUUGCUAAGUGUAGGAGAUAGUGAAAGCAAGAUCAUUGUGACGACACGUAAUUCAGAAGUCGCUUCUAUAAUGGGUAGUCAUCCGGCGUAUAAUCUAAAAGGUCUUUCUCAUGAUGACUCUAUGGCCUUGUUCAAAAGGUGGGCAUUUGAUGAAAAGGAAAAGCAACCGCGUCAUGAUCUCCUUAAGAUUGGAAAUGACAUUGUUAAAAAAUCCCGAGGAGUACCUCUCCUUGUCAAGACAUUGGGGAGUCUACUUUACACAAAGGAUGAAGCACAGUAUUGGGAGCAUAUAAGGGAUAGUGAAACAUGGGAUCUAGUAGAAGCGAAAAAGGACAUUAUGCCGGUACUUAAGCUUAGCUAUGAUCAUUUACCAUCUCACUUAAAACGAUGUUUUUUAGUUUUAUCACUUUUCCCCAGAGGACAUGAAAUCAACAGCACUAAUUUGGCUGAAUUAUGGAUGGCUCUUGGACUCAUUAGUCCAACAAGGAACAAACUAGGAUUGAAAGACGUUGGUGUUGAGUACGUCAAAGAGUUGUGGAAGAGAUCUUUGAUCCAAGAAGUGGAGGAGUUGGACUCAAAGUUUAUAUUUAAAGUGCACGAUCUGGUCCAUUCUCUUGCAAUGAGUGUGGCACACAAUGAGUAUUUUAUUGUUGGCUUAGAUACGGCAGAGAUUUCAGAAGGAAUUCGGUACGUUUCGCUCUCUAGCACUUCGUUAGAGGGAAUCUCAAACUUCACCGGAGUCCCACCUUUUUUGAGAAAGCCAACUUCAAAGAGGCUGAGGACAAUCUUUUUUCAAUACAAAGUUGGCAAUGGUGUUAUUACUAAAGAGUUUGCUAGAAUAUGCAUCUCAAAGUGUAACUCCUUACGGCAUCUGGAUUUGUCAAGUGGUAGUUUUGAGGAGCUGCCAAGUUCCAUAUGCAACUUGAAGCAAUUGAGAUCACUACUUCUCAACGACAAUAAGCGAUUGAAGAAAGUUCCAGACACCAUUUGUGAGUUGCAUAGUUUGCUAACCUUAAGUUUUAAUGGGUGCUUAGAGCUAGCCCAUUUACCAAAGAAUAUGCAAAGGCUCGUCAAUCUUACGUAUCUAUAUGUAACAACAAAGCAGAAGAGUUUGCAAGAAAAUGGAAUACAAUACUUGGAAAAUUUGCACUUUUUGGGACUCGAUGGAUGCGAAAAUCUCGAAGUUUUGUUCGAAGGUACUUGCCAACCGACUAGCCUUCGGAAGUUGGAAAUUGUGAAUUGUGGGAGACCCAUAUAUGUGCCUUUUGGAGCAUUAAUUGCCCUAGAGUUCUUGGCAAUUAUUGACUCCCAUCUCAUGUUUACCCAGGAGUCCAAUUUUCCGUUGAAUCUUCAUGCACUUGCAAUAAAAAAUUCCGAACAAGUAAUGGAGCUGCUCCAAUGUCUCGAAGGAUCGGCUUGCACUUUGGAGACCUUUUCUGUCUAUGACUGCCCGAGCUUGACGUCUAUACCUGAAUGGCUACCCAAUCAUACUUGCCUCAGAUUAAUUCGCUUAAUCGGAUGUCCCAACUUAUCGUCCAUGCCGCAAAGAACCCGGUCCCUUAGUGCCCUAAAAGAACUGCACAUCAUACAUUGUGGUGAACUGAGCAAAAGAUGUAAGCCCCAAAUCGGCAAGGACUGGCACAAAAUUGCUCACAUUCCUCGAAUCAAACUUGAUCGGAAACGAGUACGAUGGACAGAUGAUUAGUGCAGGUGAACUCCCAUGAUCUCUUUGCCAUGUCAUGUGGAUCACCGCAAACAAUUGUAUGUGCACUCAUCUAAUCAUUCGCCAAUCUCUUUAAUUUUCAGGAGGAAACCAUGGCCACUGAUGUUGUACUCUUUUCUUUCCUUGAAUCAGUGUUGUUCUUUAUGAUUUGCUUGUGUUUGUAUUACAAAUUUCUCAAUGGAGAAAAUACCUUAUUCGUAUUGUAUAAGGCCAACUGGAGCAUUAUCUAUAUGUGAAUUUCCUCAGAACAUUAUUUAUCUUUCAUUCA